UGUUAGAGACGCAUAGCAGGGAAUAAAGCCCUGGAGGAGUUAGCUCCGACUCCAGAUACAGAAGGAUUUUUAACCCAGAAACAGCAUGGACAGCAUGUGGAAGAGCUGGGUGCUGCUGCUCACUCUCUACUUGGCUUCCUACCAAGCUGCGGCGAGCCCACUCUCAUGGCAGAAAGAGUGCUCGGAGGGUCCUGAGAACUGGUGUAAGGAUUUUCAAGCUGCUUUGCAAUGUGGGGUUGUGGAACACUGUUGGCAGACUGUUUGGAACAAGCUUCCUGGGAAAAGCGUCCCUUGCUUAGCAUGUAAAAUGGCGGUGUCAGUGGUUGGGAAGAUCUUGCAGGACAAUCGUACAGAUGAAAAGAUCCAUGCUUUCUUGGAUAAGAUAUGCCAGUGCCUGCCUUACCAGGACUGGUCACUGAAGUGCAAGAAGAUGGUGGAUACUAGCUUGAUAAUGAUCAUAGAGAUGAGCAAACAAAUAUUGUCCAACCCUGAUGUUGUGUGCCGGGCCAUCUCCUUGUGCAAAUCCAUAGAGAAUCAUGAGGAUGCUCCGAAGCGUCAGAAUCCACUGCAGUCCAAUGAGAUACCUGUGAUGGACUUCCCUGAAAUGGUGUCUCCCUUCCUUGCUAAUGUCCCUCUUCUCCUUUACCCCCAAGACAAGACCCAGCAAGAGACCUGGGAGAGAAGACCCUUGUGUCAAGAUUGUGUUCAGCUGGUCACUGAUGUUCAGAAAGAAGUGAGAACCACCAAGUCCUUGGUUGCUACCGCCGAGCAGCUGUGUGAACACCUGGGAUCUAGCUUGGCUGAGGGGUGCAAGAGCUAUGUUCAUAAAUAUUCAGAGUUUGCGAUCCAGAUGGCGAUGCACAUGCACCCAAAGGAUAUUUGUGGCAGAGUUGGAUUCUGUCCUUCCCUGAAAUCUGAGCCCUUUCAGGAUCUGGUACCAGCCAAAGUGAUGCCUGCAUUCAAUACAAAGGAGCCAGCUCAGGAACACCAGGAACCAGAAAACAACACUCCCCUGUGCAGUAUAUGUGAGAUUGCAGUAAAGGCAGCAGAGCGCAUGCUGGAGAACAACAAGACAGAGGAGCAAAUAGUCCAUGAAAUGGAGAAGGUCUGCUACAUGCUGCCCCAUGGUGUCUUAGGACAGUGUAAGGACUUCGUGGACUCUUACGGCAAGGCUGUUGUCGUCAUGUUGUUGGAAGCCACUAAUCCUGAAGCUAUAUGCAUCAUGCUGAAAUGCUGCCCCAAGAGUAGCCCUUCACACGCUGAGAGAAGAGCUCUGGAGCAGUUACCAGCAAACCCUGGCGAGUUCUGUGAUGUGUGUCAGAUUGUUGUAACUUACAUCGACAAUGAGCUGGAUCAGAAUGAGACAAGGGCUCAAAUUGGAAAGAUGCUCGAGAAGGGCUGUCACUUUCUGCCACAACCCUUGAUAGAAAAGUGUGAUGAGGUUGUGCUGGAGUAUGAACCGCAAGCCCUGCUACUCCUGGAACGCAUAAUGGAACCGUCUUUUGUGUGCACUAAAAUAGGAGCUUGUCAGUCGUCCGAAGAUCUCUUGGGUGAGGAUCCAUGUGUGUGGGGUCCAAGCUACUGGUGUAAGAACAUGGAGACUGCAGCUCAAUGCAAUGCUGUUGAGCACUGCAAACACCAUUUAUGGUCUUAGAAGAAACCUUUCCAGCUGAAAAUGUUUGCCAUGGUUUUGAUUAAGCCUCCUGGAAUUUGUUUGGGUAGGGAUGGGUGAGAUGUUGAGGCUGGGUCAAGAACAGUCUCUCCUCUCCCUUCUGAUGGUCCUGUGCCUUCUGCUUUGUGUGUAGUGCUGCUGCCAUUUAGGGAGCUCCUCUGUACUGCUGACUCCACAAAAGCCUUUAAACAGUACCAUUUUGUGUGCGUUUGGUGCGGGGCGGGGGGAAGGAGGGUGAGGUGUUGGGUAGGGUUGUGUGGGGUUUGUUCCUUUGUGAAUUAAUAGACCAAUGUAUAAUUAAAAAAAAAAACCAGGACAGGUGGACCCAACUGAAAUUCUGUGGUUGGCUGGUGUUGCAUUUACUGCAAUGUUCUUGAGUGGAGCCCUGUGUGAAUACAAAAUUAGUAUCUGCAGAAAUGAGCCACGGAUAUCAACAAUAACAUCUGUGGAUGUGGGUAUAAAGUGGAUAGUCACAGAUUUGCAGGGUCUAGAUACAAAAUAAAAAUGAGCCACAGAUAUCCGCCUCUACAUCAGUGGAUGUGGAUACUCAGAUAUAAAGUGGAUAUUUGUAGAUUUGUAGGGCUCUAUUCUUGAGCACUCUGCCCUUACAUGG